GUAAACUUGUCUCUCUUUUUCUCAGUCUAUCCCCUCUUCCUCAGUAGCCUCUCACACCUCCAGCGAAAACCCUAAAUCCUUCAUCUUCAAUCUAGGGUUUCAACGACUGAAUCCCCUCCAACAAUGGCAGCAGCUUCAUACGAUUACGAUGAUGCACCAGGUUACGAAGAAGGAGGUCCAAGAGCAACCGAUUUAGGUUACGAUCCAAACUUCGUACCGGAUUCCGUCAAAACUUUCGUCGUUCAUCUUUACAGACACAUACGUGAGAAGAAUGUUUACGAGAUUCAUCAGAUGUAUGAAGGUUCAUUUCAGAAACUCAGUGAACGUAUGUUUAAGGAAUCUCCAUGGCCAUCAGUUGAUGCGGUUUCAGCUUAUGUUGAUAAUGAUCAUGUUUUCUGUUUGUUAUAUAGAGAAAUGUGGUUUAGGCAUCUUUAUGCGAGGUUGAGUCCGACUUUGAAACAGCGAAUUGAUUCAUGGGAUAAUUAUUGUUCUUUCUUUCAACUUGUGUUGCAUGGUGUGGUUAAUAUGCAGUUGCCGAAUCAGUGGUUGUGGGAUAUGGUUGAUGAGUUUGUUUAUCAGUUUCAGUCGUUUUGUCAGUAUAGAGCUAAGAUGAAGAAUAAGACUGAGCAGGAAAUCGCUCUUCUUAAGCAAUUUGAUCAGGCAUGGAAUGUAUAUGGUGUGCUCAACUUCCUGCAAGCGCUUGUUGAGAAGUCUAUGAUCACUCAGAUCUUGGAGCAGGAAAAAGAAGGUUUGGAGGAGUUCACUGCUAAUGAUGGAUACUCUUACACUGGUGGGAGUAAUGUUCUGAAAGUGUUAGGGUAUUUCAGCAUGGUGGGAUUGCUUCGAGUUCAUUGCCUUUUGGGUGACUACCACACUGGGUUGAAGUGUUUGCAGCCGAUUGACAUCAGUCAGCCAGGAGGUGUUUAUACCAGUGUUAUUGGAAGCCACAUUGCUACCGUUUAUCACUAUGGAUUUGCAAACCUUAUGUUGCGAGGGUAUGUUGAGUCAAUUCGUGAAUUUAGCAAGAUGCUCUUGUACAUAUUCAAGGUCAAGCAGUAUCACCAGAAAUCUCCUCAGUAUGAACAGAUUCUGAAGAAGAAUGAGCAGAUGUACGCCUUGCUGUCACUUUCUCUUUCUUUAUGUCCACAAGUAAAACUUGUCGCUGAAGAUGUGAACACUCAACUAAGAGAGAAGUACGGUGAAAAAAUGAUGAGGAUGCAGAGAUAUGACGACGAAGCCUAUGCUCUUUAUGAUGAACUAUUCUCUUAUGCAUGUCCUAAGUUUAUUACACCUUCAGCUCCAACUUUUGACGAGCCUCUUGUCAAUUACAACCAGGAUGCUUAUAGGCUUCAGCUCAAGUUGUUCCUGUAUGAAGUGAAACAGCAACAGUUGUUAUCAGGUGUCCGAAGUUACCUUAAACUUUACUCCACCAUUUCAAUGGUGAAACUUGCAAGUUAUAUGGAAGUAGAUGAACCCACUUUAAGGUCAAUCUUGAUGACUUACAAGCACAAAACACAUGCUGUUUCUGUUGAUGGAAAGAUUAUCUCCAAUGCAGAUGUGGAUUUCUAUAUUGAUGAUGAUAUGAUACACGUUGUCGAAACCAAGUCUGCUAAGCGGUAUGGUGAUUACUUCAUGCGUCAGAUUGUUAAGCUUGAAGAGAUGAUACACGACGUGGACAGAGUAAAACUAGAUUGAGUCACCACAUGUUUGGACCAAAGCUCCUGUAGCGGUUUGCAGAAGAUGUUAUUGUGAUUUACUUUUAGGUUUUUUUCAGAUUCUGAGGAAAUUAUCUUUUUUAGUUUUAUAUCAGCAAGAGCUAUCAAUUUUGUUCAGCAUUCCAGCAAAGUUCUAUAUAAUUUACAUGUAUUAGUUAACUUCUUUCUUUUGAUUGUUUAGAUUAAGUGGAUAUAGUAAUUGCAUUCUUAACAAUCUGUUACUAAGAUUCUGCUUAUUUCCAGCUAGCCACAUUGCAGAGCAAUAACUGCCUCCUCAGAGAAAUUUCUGUCUCUGAGCAGUAAUUUAGCUAAUGUUACAGUUCUGUUGGGCUUUG